CCCCAAAAUGCCUGGCUACUGUGGUCCAGAGUUCGCUAUCCCAUCUGUUGCCUCCACCCCAACAGUUGGCUUUGGAUCAGCACACCGCGGCUGGGGAAAUCUUGGCUGUGGAUAUGGAGGUCUUGGCUAUGGAUAUGGAGGUCUUGGCCUGGCACACGGAGGUCUUGGUUACGGUCAUGGCUACGGCCUUGGCUGGGGCCAUGGUCCUGCCAUAGCUGAAACUUCCGGCAGUCUGGGCACCCUGGCUGGAGUCAACCCUUCCUGCAUCAACCAGAUCCCACCAGCAGAAGUCGUGGUCCAGCCACCUGCCACCGUUUUGACCCUCCCAGGACCCAUCCUCUCUGCUACUGGGGAACCAGUUGCUGUGGGUGGCAAUACUCCAUGUGCCAUUAGUGGCACCGGGGUGGCAGGAACAGGAUUCUAUGGGGGGUUCGGUGGCCACCAUGGAGGCUGGGGCUGGGGUUCCCAUUUAGGCCUGGGGAGGGGUUCAUGGAUUGGAAAAAGGUCUCUCCUGGGACGUCGUAGCAGCAUCUGUUGA